AUGGCUAGCAUCAAAGCUUCAGAAGGAGAGAGAUCUCCUUGCCCAGACAGACUACCUGACACGCCUUCUUCCAACGAUACACUUGCCAGAUCCAAACGCAGCAUCACUCCUCGCGGACCUCUCUUUCCCAAUCUCGACGAAGCUCAUCGGAGGAUUACUGCUCGCGCAGGACCCCACAAUCCCUUCCAGAAGCCAACUGACGAAGGCUACUCGAGUCCCGACUCAGUUUCGCAGGAGCGACUGACUGAUAUCGCUGCCCCUGAAUUUGACAAUGUCGACACGCCUCUUCAAGCCCAUGGACAGGCUCCAGAAAUUGUCGUGCCUCAACCUCUGCGUCUCAUGGCAGGCCGAUCUUUGACCAAGUGGCAGAACACUUCAAAGCUGCCAAAGAACUCUGCUGCGAACAAUGAUGAACAGAUUUCCACGGAGAAUCCCGACAAGCGCAUAGCAAUCGAUGAUCCAGGCCGUACUGAUACCACUGGCAGUACCGUCAGUCGCAUUGUUGACCAGUAUGCCGCAGCUGGAGAUAAUUAUGCUUCAUCCAGUGUUGGCAGUCUGGACCUGGCCUAUACUUUCGAACCGCGUGAUGGAAGUCGUGAUUCCAAUCAUCGAUCGGGACAGCAGGAUGACGAGCGCCAAAUGACAAGAAAUGUUACGUCCCACUCCCAUCGCAACUCGAGCUGCCCCCCUCGCCAGUCGUUUUCUCGCCGGGCUGCUGAGACUGAUGGUGGCAGUCGGGUGACGGAAGCCCAAUUGCCACGCCCAACAGAGCAUGACUGGUUGCGUGGAACCAACCACUCUAUGAGUCGACCCUCUGACGCUUAUAUGCACAGUCCUCUCCCAAGAAUUCCUGUUCACAGUCCUCUCCCGCAGAUACCUAGUCGCUAUGCCUUGGAUGACGCCGAUGACUGGCAGACCGAGGCCGAAGGUGGUGGCGACAUGCCUAAUCCACGAGAGCCACCUCCGAGCUUCAUGGCACACCAAAGUCUCGUGCCUCUACCACUACGAACUACAUCGGAUCGAAAUGUCCUCAAGGUUUCCACUCUCCAAACAACUACCAAUCUGAGCGAGCCCGAGACAUCGGCAGGAUCUGGCCUUGGAGCAGUCUCGACCAGCUCAAAUGGCGAACCCUUCCCGUACGACAACGAACAGUUCAGACGGAUCAGACAGCUGGAGAAGGAAAGAGAGGUUAGCUGUGCUCUAGCAGAGUUGAACGAGUCCCCGACACGCACUUAUGGUGUUGUCAGACGCCCGGCUGUGAGUAUAGAGGAAGAAGAGUUCUCGAAUCACAAUCACACCACAAUUGACGAGAUUGAGAUGGAUCUUGACGACAACUUGCGAGGCUCUCCGAGUCGUCAUCGUCAUUAUGAUGAUGGAAGCUUCUUCGAUCCCAUCGCAUUCCGGGCUCUUCAUGGUGAUAUUCCACUCAACGAAGUAAAGGUCGUGAUCAACAAGAAUCCCAAUAACAGUGCUAGCGAGAACAAUGCUCAUGGCAGCAACUUUGGUCUUUCCUUUGAUAGAAACGACCAAAGGUCCAGGUUGACACGAUCUCGCGACAUUGAUGCUGAUUGGGUCACGGAAGCAACCAGCGAGGCCGACUUUGGGAUCAACACAAGCAACCGAGACUUUGCUGAGGGCAUCAAGGCGACAGGGUCCAGCAUCGCAGACUACUCUGAUGCUGGUUGGAGUACCCCAUAUCCUCAGUUCAGUUCGCGAAACAGAGUUGGGCAGACGAUUUCGGGUGAGCCUGAAAGCUAUGAGAUGCAAGAUCUGAACGAAAGAAAGCAGGGUGGGGGUGGACAUCUGCCCAAAGCACGCGUGCCUCGCUUUGAUGGAUUUGGACAGAACAACUCACGGUUCAUCCCCAACUAUUCAUCACAGGCUGGUUCCUCGGCAGGCGGACAGAAUCCCUUUCGACGAGACUACAAGCGCGCUGACCCUGGCAGUUACUUUCAGUACAAGGGAGACCGCAAUGCACCGUCCAGAUUCGAGUUCCGUGACUCGGCAUCAACUUACACACCAGCCUUUGAAGCCGACCGAGCCAAUAGUGGCACACAAGGAACAAUCCCGUCUUCUACAAUGGCCUCGAUUAACACCAUCGAGCUUUUGGAUGACAGUGCUGGCCAUUCAAGCACAGGCGGUCACGUAUCGUCUCCCUACCCCAGAAUGGAAGAGGGCUCCUACAGCGACCCCCACCGCCAUCAUCCACGUCACAUACCCAUUCAAGAUCCCCAACAGAACCCCUUCCGAGACGGAGCUCAUGAUCAGCAUCAACGCAGAAUGCGAUCAGCCACUGAAGACUCGGAGGGUAUGGGCUCUGGAUCCUCGAAAUUCUCAUUCAAGUUCUUGGAGCUGCCCGAAGCACAAGAGCGCCAGAGAAGCCGUCGCGGCAGCAAUGAAACCUGGGCAAACUCGUCAAUGGCAAGGGACAACCGUUCAAUCAGUAUAUCAUCUGCCCGUCCAAGCUUGACCCCUCUGAUUCGUCCAACUCCUGCAUUGAUAAGAGGAGAAACUCAUGUCAGGAAGGGUUCACGUCUUUCGUCAACGUUCACGCCUCCGGCCUGGAACACCCGCGACUCGCCGGAUAUGAGUAACUGCACACCGCUUGAUGCUUCAGCCUCGAGGCUCACGAUACUGGAGGGCUCAGACGUUGAGACACCUACCGCCAUUGCAACAAGACGCCGACUGAACCAAGUCCCAGGCGGUCAGAGUCGCAUGCUACCACUUGACAAACGCAUGCGCCCAAAUCUUGUCCGCCCAAACUCGGUACUCGUACGAAGGGACAUUCCUACAUUCAGUGCCGCAGAGGACUAUUUUGUAUCUUCUCAAGGAAGACUUCGAAGCAAAAUCUUCUUUUGCGUCGUGGUCUCUCUUAGCAUUCUGCCCUUUGUCACCCUACUGGCCCUCUACGGCAAAUUUGACAGCUGUCUCGCCUCUUUGACCCAUGGAGAGGUCAGUCGAUUCAACUACACACAGCGAAAGAUUCUCAAAAUUGUCUUUGCUGUCGAAUGCAUCAUCUAUGGAGCAAUGGUUACUGCAAUCAUUGUCUAUUUCGUCACACUUGGCAAGACCCAUCACUAG